AAAAAAAAAUUCUCAUACGAUUGUCAGCUCUCUGUCCGGUUGGAAGAAAUGUGUGAAAAAAGCGAAAAAGAAGAAUUUCAGCGGCUAAAUUAAUACAGAAAAUCGUAACAAAAAUCACACGCAAGCAAUAUUAAUAAAAGAAAUAACUAUAUUUUAAUAAAAUAAAUUUAACAAGCAAAUCUACAAUAAAAUUUUCUAACAAAAACAACUACCAUUUAGUACAAAAUCAAACACGUGAAGUAUAGAAAGAAAAGGAAAAAAAAGAAAUUUUGUACUUUUUUUUUUAUAAGAAACGAAAGGGGGGUUGAGCAGUGUAUAAAAAAAGGGUGAAGAAACGCAAUUUGCUUAAGCCCCAUCUUAUGCAAAUCAUUAUAAGCAAAAAAUCACUUCAUAGUAAAGAAAAUAUAAAGAAAAUUGUAUAUAGAAAGUGUCAAAGAGAGUGAGUAGUGGUGGAAGAGAAAAAGAACGCAAAAAAAAAGAGGAGUGAUAAAAUCAUCAUAAAAUAAAAGAAAAUACAGUUUUUAUUUUAUUUAUUCAACAACAAUGGCCUACAAAGACCGCAUACUCACACCACAGCAAUUGAAGAAAUUGUCCGAACAUAAGUACUCAUGCAGCAGUUCAAGUUUAAUGGAUCCUUGGCUACAGCCCUGGUGGAAUUGGUUGGUGUCCAAGACACCGCUAUGGUUGGCUCCAAAUCUAAUAACCAUAGUGGGUUUAGUUGUUAAUAUAGUGACCACCUUAAUCUUAGUAGCUUACAGUCCAGAAGGCACUUCUGCACCCCCAAGAUGGACAUGUUUACUUUGUGCCUUUGGUUUGUUUGUAUAUCAAAGUUUAGAUUCCAUAGAUGGUAAACAGGCACGUCGUACAAAUACUUCCUCGCCAUUGGGUGAAUUAUUUGAUCAUGGCUGCGAUUCCAUAUCCACGGUAUUCGUAGCACUCUCAGCAUGCAUAUCUUGUCAAUUAGGCCAUUAUCCAAAUUGGUUAUUCUUCCAGUGUUUCUGUGCUAUUUCAUUAUUUUAUUGUGCCCAUUGGCAAACCUAUGUUUCGGGCACUUUGAGAUUUGGCAAAAUUGAUGUAACUGAGGCACAAUUUACCAUUAUGGGUAUACAUGUAAUCUCAUUUAUAUUUGGUCCAGAAUUUUGGAUGACUAAGAUAUUUGGUAAUUUAGAAUUAUGGUCUUCCUUAUGCCUAAUGACAAUAGUUUGUGGUAUUUGGUCAUUGUCACAUAUAUUCUCUGUUGUUUUGGCUGGAGGUGUUGGCAAGAAUGGCUCAACAGUUGCCCUACCAAUUGUUGGCUUAAAUAAAAAUUAUAUUAUUUUAUUGGGUAUAACUAUCUGUUAUUUUGUAAAUUUUACGAAUUUUUGCAAAAUCUUCCUACAUGGCGGCAGUGGCAAAAAUGGUUCCUCAGUUGCUCUACCUUAUGUUGGCUGUGAAUUACGCAUAAUGCCUUUAUAUUUUGCCUGUGGCAUUGAUAUUUUAUUAGCUUUACGUUAUGCCAAAGUUAUAACAACUGAAGGAUGUGGAAAAAAUGGAUCUUCAGUGGCUGGUACUAGUGUUUUAUCGCCUAGUAUACCAUUGACUUUGGUAGUAUUGCCUGCAUUUAUAAUUGCUCAAAAAUCGCCCGAAAAUAUUUUCACCGAACAUUCGUCUUUGUAUAUAGUUGCAUUCGGUAUGGUGGCCGCUAAAGUCACUAAUAAAUUAGUGAUCGCCCAUAUGACUAAGGCUGAAAUGGAAUAUUUGGAUUGGUCUUUGUUGGGUCCUGCUUUGCUGUUCCUUAAUCAAUAUUUCAAUUGUGUGGUGCCUGAAAUUUGGCUGCUUUGGUUUACUUUGAUAUGGGGUACUCAAGAUUUAAUCAGAUACUGUUCUCAAGUAUGCUUGGAAAUUUGUGCUCAUUUGCAUAUACAACUCUUUACCAUACCCUAUCCCGCCAAGGGUGCUGGAGCUAGUAAAUCGCAUGCCACAAAAUCAGGCCAAACUAAUAAUCAUGGUUCAAAGCCCAAAGGUGUGCAGACUGUCAAUCAGGGCACUAAUCCCCCUUUAAAACAUAAAAACAAAAAAUCUCUUUCGAAUGUCAACAAUGAUGUGGGCGAAGAUGUGGACGCACUUUGAGUGUUGUUAGUUGAUGGUUCCUUCUACUCCAACUCCUUUCCUUUCUUUUUUAUUAAUAAUUAUUAUUAUCAUUUUAAUGUUAAUUUUAGAAUUUAUCAUCAUCAUCAUGAUGAUUAUUUUUUGCCUUUCUUUUGUAUAUUGUAUGUGUGAGUGUUUCAAUUAAAAACCGAAAUCCAAAUAAUUUAAUGAAAUGAAUCAAAUAAUAGUAACUUUUUAUUUAGUUUAGAAUUUAUUACAAUAUAAUAAACAAAAAAAUGAUAAUGAGCGUAAA